AUAAGCGGUCACUGGAGGGACGGUCCUCUACAAUUAAAAUCAUUGGAAACCGCAAAAAAAUUAUUAAAAAAAAGCACUCAUUUCAUGUCACAGAACAAUUAUUUGUUGCUGUUGCUGCUGAUUUUUUUCUUGCUCUCCAAAUAUCAGAGAAUUCCCGUGACUGGGUUACACAGUUUUUUCCAUUAAUUUUAAUGAGCGGUACGUGCAGGGUCACUGCAGGCGAAAGCGAACGAAUUAACGAACGAACGAAAGAAAGUGAAAAUGCCAACAAAACAGGAAAUCAUCCAAAUGAUGGAGAACCAUUUGCCGGGUGAACCGGUCAAUGUGGCCAACGAUCGCCUGCCGCCGGUUUAUCCUGUCCUGCAGCCUCCGAGUCUGGCCCACGAUCAGCCACCAACAGCGCCAAGGGACAAUGGUAUCUAUACGGUUGUUCAGGCACCGAUUAAUCACCCACCGGCCCAAUUUGGCGCCCGACCCCAUCUGGCCUAUUGCCCGUCGUGCAGAACACAAUUAUUGACCCGUGUGGAAUAUCAGAGUACCAUGAUGACCCACAUCAUUGCCGCCAUUCUUUGCUGUACCACAUGUUCAUGUUGCCUACCCUAUCUCUUCGACAAUUGCAAAAGUGCCAGACAUUAUUGCCCCGAGUGUAAUAGCUAUUUGGGUGCCCAGGUCAAGUGAUGUGAUGUCUAGAGAAGAUUUUGUUGGUUAGUUCGAACCAAAAAAUUAUUGAGGGAAAUAAUUAAACUAAUGGAUUUAAACUGAAAAAGGUUGGUGUACGGUUUUUGGGCUUUCUAAAUUUCGAAUCAAAAUUUUUACAAAUGUUUAUAAAUGUAUUUUUUAUUUAAUAAAGUCAUUCGAAUCUGUAAAGGGAA